CGCAAACGCAAAAAUGAGAUGGAAUCAGUAAUGUUUUUGUGUGGUGCAAAUUUGUAAAAAUACCGUGCUUUUGCUUCGUUUAUCGCAGCCGCUGGCUCUCGACCAAAAUCGACCGAUCCCCUUCUGCCCAUUCGUUGUUCGACCGUGGUCAUCAUUCGGCAUAGCUGUUCUCGAAAAAAUCGCGUGCGAUUCGCGUUUUUUUUAGUUCUGUCCUCUGUAGUGCGUGCGUUUUCGCGUGUGGGAAGGCAAGCGAUUCUCACCUAGUUUUUGUCUAGGGACGAUCCAUUAGGAAAAUCGAACGAGAGUUUUCCGAUCGUCACGAGAGUCCUUGUUAAAGUGUGAAUCAAGUUGUUUCCGUGCAGGGAAAAUCUGUGUGUUAGCUGAUCGAGAAGAGGCGAGACGAGGUGUGAGUCGUAACACGGAAUCAAAUUUUCCUCAUCGUGAAAAUUAAUCAGCAGUGGUGCAAUAAUCGUAUCGUAGUUGCUUCUGUAAAACACAUUCAAAAGCUUUACAUCAAUUGCUUUUUGUACGAACGUGGAAAAGGAAGGACCUUAAAUUUGACUGAAAAAAUAUCCAGUUAAAAGGGACAAACUUUUCAGGAGCCGUUAAGAACAACAUCUACUUAGAAUUCAAACAUGAACGAAUCCUCGACCGACACGCGUUGUCUGAUUUCACCCAGGAUACGAUAUAGAGAGCAUCCGCUUUGACCGGUUUGAGUCCACUAAUCAACGCUACGUUUGUAAAGACAUCCAGCAUCCCUAAGGCACCAACAUACAACACACCCUACAAUACACUUGAACACGAGUUUGGUUUCGUUUGGAGAUUAGAAAUUACGGAUCAGUUUUGAUUCGAUUUCACCGACUCACGUUAGAGAUUGGAGUCAACAGUACAAAUUUCGAGACGAAUUAGCUUUUCCUUUCCUAUCCUUAUUACGUGGAGUUUUAUCGGCUAACCAGGCUCGCAUAUCAAACAUUAAAAAGUUUGUUUGUUUAGUUUCACACUAGAAAUAUCGUGCAGUCCUGAAGUUCUUCUUCGGGAAGACGAUUUUUUAGCCCUUGCUCUUAGAUCCUCUCAUUUCUGUACAUUCGCGUUGAAUUGACCCGAGCAGGAAAGCGUCAGCUUGCGAACAUCUCUUCUUCAAACAACCUAAACCCCCAAAAAUGAUGGCUGUUUUUACAAAACUAUGCUUACCCGAUAUUGUUAAAUUAAAACGCUAGUUAGUAAAAACUUUGUCCAUCCCCGAGUUGGAGGAGUUCACAUAUAGAAUUUACUAAUUUUAACGUUUUUAAGUACAAUAUCCGUUACAGUUUUUGCAUAAUCGUUGUCUUUUCACCAAAUCCACUUUUUUAUUUAAUUAACGUAUAAAGUACACUCGUAAGAAUAUAAAUAAUUAAUAAUUUUAAUUUUAAAAAUUUGCCGAGUACUAUCCACUAUUGUAGUGCGUAAUCUAAGUACUUGAGUUUGCUGAUAUCUUUAUCAUAUACUUUGCGCAAACGUACUUGUUUGUACCGCGUAUAAACGCUCUCGACUCCUCAUACGUUACUUAAUUGAAAGCUACUUAAAUUAUAUCUCAAAUAUUUUCUAUUUUUUUAUGAAUUAACCGUUUUGAAUUCUAUAUUGGUGGUACAUCUCGUUAAGGCUCCACAGAUCCCAUAGAAUCCAAAAUCCCGAAUAGAGAACCAAUCUCUCUCUUAGUCCUUUAAAUUUUACAAAGCAAAUAAAAAAGUACACGCAAAACAUCAAAAAUGGAACCAUUCUCACCGGAAAUUUUAUGGCUCGUCAUACUUGGAUUUAUUAUCGCCUUUAUUUUGGCAUUUGGUAUUGGAGCGAACGAUGUUGCCAACUCCUUCGGUACCAGCGUUGGAUCUGGUGUGCUGUCAAUGCGUCAGGCUUGCUGGUUGGCGACUUUGUGCGAAGUCUCUGGAGCCGUGCUGAUUGGUUACAAGGUAUCGGAUACGAUGCGGAAAGGCAUUCUGGACGUCGAAAUGUACAAAGGCACCGAGGUUGAGCUGAUGUUGGGUUGCCUAUCAGCGCUGGCAAGCUCCGCCCUGUGGCUGCUGGUGGCAACCUUCUUCAAGCUGCCAAUUUCCGGAACGCAUAGCAUCGUUGGUUCGACUAUCGGCUUCAGUCUGGUCGCCCGUGGAAUGCAGGGACUCAAGUGGAGCACACUCGGAACGAUCGUCGGAUCGUGGUUCAUUUCACCCGUGCUCAGCGGUAUGAUGAGCGUGAUGUUGUUCUGGUUCAUUCGUAGGUUCAUUUUGAACGCCAGAAACCCACUCAAGGCUGGGUUGUUAUCAUUGCCGCUGUUUUACGGAGCCACACUGGCAGUUAACGUAUUCAGUAUUGUGCACGAUGGACCAAAGCUGCUCUACAUGGAUAACAUCCCAACCUGGAUGGCGGCAGUUAUUAGCGUUUCCAUAGGACUGUUGGUUGCUGUACUCGUGCAGCUUUUUGUCGUUCCUUGGCAGAAGAACAAGAUUCUGAAUCAGGACAAAGUCACACGCACUGAGUUCACUGUCGGUGAUUCCGACUGUGAUUCAUCGUCAAACGGAAGUCCGCGGCGAACAAAACGUCCACUUUCCUUGGUAGGCGAUGGAAAAACUCUACCAGCUAUUACCGAAACGACUGAACUGGUAGCUUUGUCCUCUCCGCACCAGCACAACGGAUUGAUUAAGAAGCUUUCGAUUGACCUGUCUCCGCAUGCGAUUAAAAAUAAACCAAACCCGUACAAGAUUGAUCCGAAAAUUGUGAAGAAAGCAGAAAACCUACUUUCGGCCAACAAAAUCAGCCUGGAUAACACCGAUCUGACGAUAACCAGCCUAAAUUACAUCGAUGAGUAUCAGACAACGAUUAAUGGGAAUGGACGCGUCGCUCUGAACUCGUACUUUGAUCGUCGGAAUAGUAGUAACAUGUCACCAAAGUCACCGGAUUCAACUACGCAAAACAACGGAGUAAAAGACCAAUCGAAUACCAUCCAGAAUGGAAAGUCUCCUACUAGCCCCAAAAGUGAUAGUACUCUUCCGAUAGCCGAUUACACGCUGGCGACGCCAAAUAUUGUUCUGAACAGUACCGGCAAAGAUCUCAGGAAAGAUAUGGGAAGAAUUGAAAAUGCAGCUGGACUGGAUCAUACACUAAUCAGUACGACCCUGUCUCCGAAUUCGAGUAAAGUUCCUUUAAUUAGUGGUAAGGAAGGUUCGGAAGAGAGCAGACACAAUCCACUGGAAGAGGAAAAUGAAGAAGUGUCAGCCCUGUUUUCGUUCCUGCAAAUACUGACAGCGACGUUCGGAAGUUUUGCUCACGGUGGUAACGAUGUGAGUAACGCGAUUGGACCACUCAUUGCUCUCUUUAUGAUUUACCGGGAAGGCUCAGUAUUGCAAAAGUCUGAAACUCCCCUUGCAUUAUUACUGUACGGUGGCAUCGGUAUCUCACUAGGUCUGUGGCUGUGGGGCCGUCGUGUCAUAGAGACGAUUGGCAAUGAUCUCACCAAAAUUACCCCAUCAACAGGCUUUACCAUCGAAAUAGGUGCCGCCUUCACGGUUCUGCUGGCAUCGAAAAUUGGUCUACCGAUCUCCACCACUCACUGUAAAGUCGGCUCUGUCGUGUUCGUGGGUCAAGCUAGCGCACCGAAGAAACUCUCGCCGGACGAGGAAAGGGCAAUGAAACAGCGCAAUCCGCAUGAACAUCAUCACUAUGCAACGGCACAGCAGAAAGCCGUCGAUUGGGGUCUAUUCCGGAACAUUGUGUACGCCUGGGUUGUCACGGUACCGGUGGCUGGCCUACUGAGUGCCGGUUUCAUGUACGCCCUGAGUGCACUGGUACUAUAAACACCAUCGACGAGCGGAAGGACCGAAUAAGCAACUACAACAGCAACAACAAACCAAUAGCAGAAGGAUAUCUCUUCGUAGUUUUAAACGUUUAAUCCUUUAAGAUAUUUUCAUUUUGAGGAAUUUAAAAUCUUUUUGUAGUGAAGAAUACUUUUUGUCCUAAAUAGAGCUAUAUUCAGCACUUGUUUAAUCAAGCGAAAGAAAGUAUAGGCACUUGAUUGAUUGGAAAAUAACGAACGAAAGUAUUUCAUAGUUUUUAGAUUCGUUUCUUUUUAUAAAUCUCCAAUGGAAUAAAGGAGCGGAUUUAAUUUUUUGUUGCAGGUCUUCAAGAAUGAAUAACUUAGAAGAUAUUCUUAACAAUGUUGAACAUGUUUACGGAUCGAUUAAAUAAUAAUUAAUUUUUAAGUGUGUCUCUCAAUAACAGAAGUGAUAACAAUAGUUUAAAAACAAAAUAAACAAUGAUGUUUAAGAGAAACCAGAAACAAACAACCGAAGUACUGCACUUGUUUUGAAUAAUCUCCACUAAACCACUGUCAACGAAAACGCCCAUUUUCAGUAAAGAUAUCCUCCUGAGAACUUGUCUAUCUAAUAGAUGGACUAAUGUUCAAGUUUAUCAACCCACAAUUUUUCAUUUCGAUGUGCUUUAUUUUCGUUAUGUCGUUUACUAGAGAAGUGAAAGACAAAAACAGUCCUUUUCGUUAGUGUGACACAAACUGUCUCACGUAACUUGUUAGAGGUGCUCGUUUCGGAUCCUACCAGUCGCUAGUAUAGGCGCACAAACACAUGCUAUUUUAGGCGGUAUUGUGAGCACAAAUAAAGUUUAUCCGUGGAUGUGUUACUGGUGGGAUUCCUUUAAAUCAUAAGAAAUUGUUGUUACAUUAAAUGUUGACUAAACGCUGUGUAGUUCCGUGGGCAAAGAAACGCAAAAGCGUACAAAAAUAAUCCUUAUAGGACUAAAUGUAUAAUAGAAGCUGAUUGCAGAUCCGUUUCAGCAAAUGACGUUAGAUGUUAGCCUACAUCGUUCCUUCUGCUUGGAGCCAAUUCCACCAGAAAAGCAAAACAUUUUUCUAACGGGCUUCACGCUAAAUUUCUCAUUUCAAUUUUUUUUUUCGUAGUAAUGGAGUGAUUUGAUAGGUUUAGGUUCAACUUAACAUUCGGCAUUAAAUAUUGAUUUUAGUAUCCAUCAAACCCGUGAAUAAAUUAACAGGGGUAAUGAGCAAAUGACACUUUCCUACUUUUCGAGCGAUGGAAUGGUAGUUCUAAUUUUGAAUUCCUGUAUGGUUAAGCUCAUAAUUUUACAAGACAGAAACAAUCGAAAACCAUACCUAUUUUGAAUACAGAAGCUACCAAUCAAAUUUUCUCUUCAUUUUACACUGCAUAUUUCGUCCCACAGACAGCAGAAAAACACGUGAUAAAGCAGCCUCACCUAAACUACCAAUCAGAUCAAAAUUCUGCACAUUACAGAAACAUCGUGAAAUUUAAACUAUAUUAGAAUUAUUAAUUACUUAUAUUAUUGCUAGGGUGAUACUUCAAAUUAAAUAAAAAAGAGGAAAUGACAACAGGGCAAACAAACCUACAAAUAGUACAGCGAGAACAAUUAAGAUACGAAGACAUUUUUACCUAGUGUUUAAGUAUCACUCCGGAACUCCCAAAAUGGGGCACUAUGGAAAAACUUCUACAAUACGAGGUGUUCCAGGUUAUGCCACAAUUUUCAACCGUCGAGUCAAUUAAAAUGAAAAUAGAGCAUACGGUAAAAAUGUCUUCUCAAGUUCGUCAAAAACAUCUUUCGGUUUCGAACUUUAAGCGUUUAAAAAAGAUUUAGGCAUAAAUGAUCAAAGUCAACGAGAUGCUUAACACUUGUACUUAUAGUAACCGUAGAUGGUGAGGUUAGAAUCAGAUGUAGAUUGAUCAGCACGACUGGGAAAACGCUAUAGAAUAUAUUUCAGCGAUUGAUAAUCUGCACGAUUCCCUUCCAUUUAGUUGUGAACAUUUUGAGAGCGAUCAUUGCUGCUGCGGACGUGAACUAAUUAUAGUAACGAAACAUUGAAAGUUGUACCAAAAAAAAAGUUGUAACGUGAUUAGCUGUGUAAGGAAACCAGACAAAAAUAAAUCUCAACCCGAUUCGAAAA